CACUUUUCAGAUAAAACCAAGAUGGCAGCGACCGUAAACAGAAAUGCUGUGUCUAUUUUCAUGCAGGUUUUCCGUCUUUUCCACAAAAAUUCAGACAAUCUAAUGAAAUAUGUUUGCUACUGUAACCUGCAUUGUACUUCUACUUUUGAGCAGGAUGGUCAAAAGGGAAUGAAAGGGCGUAAAUUAAGCUCUCAGCUAUGGUUGAAACGUCAUAUGGACGAUCCUUACGUCAAGAGGGCACGUCUCAAAAACUACAGAUGUAGAAGUGCAUUCAAGCUGAUCGAAAUUGAUGACAGGUACAGGAUUCUAAGGCCAGGUGGCUACGUGAUUGACUGCGGUGCAGCGCCUGGAUCAUGGAUGCAAGUUGCUGUGGAGAGAACAAGGGAUGUCUCAACUGGAGGUCCACAACCUACACAUUCAAUUGCAAGAGUAAUUGGUGUUGAUAUUAUAGGAUUUCCUCCAGUUGACGAAGCUAAAGCCUUUGCCAAUUCCGAUUUCACCUUACCAGAGACUCAAAAGACUAUCCUGCAGUAUUUACAGGGGAGAAAAGUUGAUGCAGUAUUGAGUGAUAUGGCCCCUAAUGCUACCGGGCAUAAAGCAAUGGACCAUGAAAACAUUAUUGAUCUGUGUAAAUCCGCUUUGAGAUUCUCUCGGGCAGUGUUACGACCUGACGGUACGUUUUUGUGCAAAAUAUGGAAAGGUGGACUGGAAAAAGAUUUUAUGCAAGAGAUUCAACAGUUUUUUAAAUCUGUCAAGUUCGUGAAGCCUCUGGCUUCCAGAAUGGACUCAGCAGAAGGUUAUUUAUUGUCAAGAGGUUACAAAGGAUUACCAGAUAAAACCUGAUUUUUUUAUUGGCCACCCCUUAUUCAACCAGGGGCGGGAUUAAAAUUUGUACAAGUCUUUAGUGUGUUUAAUUGGACUGCCAGGAAUGAUUUCUGGUGGUUAAAAGG